AUGAAGUUCACUGGAAUCGCCGCUGCCCUCGCUGUUGCCAGCACCGCCUCCGCGGCUGCUCUGCCCGCCGUCCCUCUUGACUCCGCCGUCAACAAGCUGACCAGUGUCCUCGGAAACCUGGACUCUCUCCUCGGUGGCGUCCUCGGCGGCACUGCCCCCGUUGCCCAGCUCACCGAGGUCAAGUCUGAGCUCACUAACAUCAAGAGCAUGCUCGGCCAGUGCACCUCUGGCGUCGUCAAGCGUGAGCUCGUCGACUCCCUGACCGAGCCCGUCGAGGGCGUUGCCGGCAGCGCUGUCGGCACUGUCACGGAGGCCGGCGACGCCGUCACCGGAUCCCUCGGUAUCCGCGCUGGCAACGACCUCAGCAGCCUCUCUGGCAACAUCGUCCAGCAGGUCCAGUCUGGUGUCCUCGAUACCGCCGGCCUCACCAACCUCCUGUCCCUUGUCCAGGCUGGUGACCUCACCUCCGCCCUCGGCAUCCUGAACAUCCUUAUCUGGCAUAAAAUGUCUACCGACGCCUCCGCCACCGAGUUCCCAUACACACUGACCCUCACCAUUCCGCUCCUGACAGAACGGCUCGCCCAGUCCGCCCUCGAGUCCAUCGCAGUCGACAAGGAACUCUCCCCGUUCGUCCGACGCGAGUUCGCUCUUCUCCCCGCGACGCCGUCCGAGUCGCAGGAGAAGUCCACGCUGGAGGUGACAUACCGCGCGACGACAAACCGCAUGCUGCGCGUGGCGGUGAACGGCUUUAUGGAAAGCCUGGGCGUCGUCCUCGAGGUGAUGGGGCAGUUGGACACGGAUGUGCUGGAUUACACGAUGGACCAGGACGAGGAAUGA